AGCCUCUAUUCACUCAUUGGUCAGCAUCGAAAGCGACUUAUCCCACCUGAACACAAUGACGUGCGGCCUUCUUCUCCCUUUCAGCUUCAGCCCGGCUGUCUCCCGGUGCCCAACGCUCGAGUCAGCUGCCUCGUGGACCCGCACUCGGACUGGCUCCAGUCUCCGCCCUCGCAGUUCAAAGGGGAACUCGCUCAACCUGAAGAGGUGGGAUGGCUUCGUUUUGCUCGAAUUGGUCUUGUUGUCAGGGCGACUUUAUUCAAAGUCGUCUGCCAUAGUAGUUGCCAUGAUAGCCAGCAUCAGACAGUGGACUUGGUACAUUCUCAAACGUUUCGCCAGCGUCGUAGUCGGCAUCAUCAGCGAGUGCUGCCAUUCUGCGCACAAACUUACAAAUUCGUCAAAGAGGCGGGUGAAGUCAAACCGGCCAAACGUCUAAGAAUGUACCAAGUCCACGCUGUCGAUUGGCUUUACUGGAACAUUCAGGCCGACGCUGUUUCCGAGGUUAAUUGCUUCGAUUCCGGUGAAAAGGUGCAAAGCUUUCGUCCGCCACAUGACGAACAUCAUCAGAGCAAGAAUGGUAUCAUCAUCACAACAAAAUUCAAACUAACGAGUCCUAAUUACUUUGAGCAAUCACUUCGGAACUCUCGAGCGUCUCUUUUAGACGUCGAGGUACAGAUCCGUUAUGCAUCGUCGAGGCUGAAGGAGGUUGUUGUGCGUCUACGUUGCCCUUUCAAGAGGAAGAUGUGCCACGUCAAAAUGCACUCUCUUUUCUUGCUGCCUUUUUACAGACAACCUCGCCUCAAAGGCGAUUGCGACGGCGACGGCGACGUCGACGGCAAUGGCAACGGCAACGUCGACGGCGGAGCUUUGCGCCUUUCGAUGCACGACGAGGUGGCCGUUCGUCUGAGGAAUGGCCAAAGUCUCGCCAACUUGGCGGCGAGUUGGCUACAGCUCACUAACCGCGCCAGACAGACACGUUUUGUGCCGCCGGCUGAGGUGUUGGCCAAGAUCCGACCGACAGAUCCCGACCUGUCGGGCGCAUCGGCCCUUUGGUUCGUCUCCACGGAACACCUUCUGGCCUACCUGCCCUGUUCCACGUUGGUUGCCACCUCGCUUUCAGGUGAACUCUUUUGUCGUUUGUUAGUCUUGUUUCAGACUCGGUUGCUAGGGCCGCCUAGGGGGUUCUCUUGUCGCUUGGACGGAGGGUCGAGUCGCCGCAACCACUUCGACAAACCUCGAAAAGCCAAGACUUGGCUGGCCCGACUUGAGCCGAUUCGCCGCAUUCCGGAAUGCAGCUCACCGUCGACAUGGUCCUCGAAACAGACUCGGACGACUGUCCACGUGACAGGCGCGACUGUAGAUUAG